CGUCCUCAUGAAUAAACAUGAAUUUUUAAUAGUAGCUCCAGCAUCUCGGCGCACGGUGGGGUGAUUCAGUUGAGGAAUAUUGACAGAAAAAGCGUGAACCCCAAAAAAGGACUUUUUGCAUUCUCCGAGUCAUCAAGGAGACCAUGGCGUACUCCAGGACUCUCCGGGCAUCCUUACUGGUGAUUUUACUGCAAAUAUUCCUCAUCUGUUCAGCUCAGAGGGGCCCAGUUGGUCCCAGGGGGCCACCCGGCCCUCCAGGUUUUCCUGGUAUCGAUGGCAUCGAUGGAGAUAGGGGCCCAGGCCCUGGUCCCAAUGGUCCUCCAGGCCAAGAUGGAGAUGAUGGAAAAAAUGGUUCUAAUGGAAAACCAGGAAAUCCAGGCUCAGACGGUUUGACUGGCCCCGUUGGAGAUCCCGGCCCAGUUGGGCCCAUCGGACCAAAAGGUGAACCUGGUGAUCCUGGACCUAGAGGAAAAGCUGGAAUUGGGGAGGAUGGAGAAGCUGGUGCAGAUGGAGAGGAUGGGUUGCCAGGAGAACUGGGCAAAGCUGGACCUCCAGGAAGCCGUGGCAUUAGAGGCACUGUUGGACUUCCAGGACCUGUGGGACAAAGAGGGCCCCCUGGUGUUUGGAGUGGUGAAGAAUUGUGUCCAAAUUCCUGCACACAUGGACUGAACGGCUAUAGUGGUCUACCAGGAAUGAAGGGCCACAAAGGUGUCAAAGGUGAAUCUGGAGAACCAGGAAGACAAGGACAUAAGGGUGAAGAAGGAGAACAAGGCUCCUCUGGAGAGACUGGAACACAAGGAAAAACUGGUCCACAGGGACUAAGAGGGAUCACUGGUUUGAUGGGUCUUAAAGGUGACAGGGGCUAUCGUGGGAUAGAUGGUGGCGUGGGUCCUCAGGGCAUUCAAGGAGCUCCUGGUGAUCGAGGGCAAAGAGGAAAAGUGGGUGAGACCGGACCAGGAGGAGCUCCAGGAUCUCUGGGACCUCAAGGCAUUUUAGGAUUACCUGGACCUAAAGGAGAAGCUGGUUUGCCAGGAAUUGAUGGGCGUGACGGUAUCCCUGGAUUGCCAGGGGUUAAGGGUAUCCCUGGCAAAGUAGGAGCUCCUGGUGAUGCUGGCCUUCAAGGUCUGCCUGGUUUGCCAGGCAUCUUUGGUGCGACGGGUGAGACUGGGCAGAAGGGAAACUCUGGUGAUCCGGGCAUGGCAGGUCCAAUUGGGAACAAUGGACAGCAAGGAGAACGUGGAGAACAAGGAGAAGUGGGACCUGUAGGACCAAGAGGUGGGCCAGGUGAAAGAGGGGUGAGGGGUCCAGAUGGGCCUCAGGGGCAGCCAGGUUCAAGGGGUCCUAAAGGGAAUCUUGGUCUACCUGGCCUUCCAGGUGCACCUGGUUUCCGUGGUCAGAAAGGCGACAAGGGUGCAGUUGGUCUCACUGGUCCAAAAGGCGAGCAGGGAGCACCUGGUGAGGAGGGAACACCGGGAGAAAAAGGGGACGUAGGUGAUCAAGGGGAACCAGGAGAGAAAGGUUCGCGGGGAAAACCAGGUGAUGCUGGAAACAAAGGUCCAGAGGGAAUGCGUGGACAGCAGGGGCUUGAAGGUGAACCAGGUCAACAAGGACCCAGAGGCAUGCAGGGAGAACGAGGAGAACGUGGCUUACCUGGCACACAAGGACGACCAGGUCAAGGACCAACAGAUCAACGCAUCAAGCAGGUCUGCAUGAGGGUUAUGCAAGAGCAGCUUGCUCAGCUUGCAGCAAGCCUGACAAGGCCAGAGUCUGGCUCUGCCGGGUUGCCAGGUCCUCCCGGACUCCCCGGACCACCUGGAUCGCCUGGAGAGAACGGCUUCCCAGGACACACAGGAGCAAGAGGGUUGCCAGGUCUUAAAGGACCUCCUGGGCUUAUUGGAAUAAAAGGACCUAAAGGUGACACAGGAGACAGAGGAGACAGAGGGCCUACAGUACAAGGUCCUAAAGGCAUUCCUGGGCCACCAGGUCUUCCAGGUGAGCCCGGGCAGCCUGCAUAUGGCAACGAUGGGCGUGAUGGUAUGAAAGGGCCUCCUGGUGUGCCCGGAAUUCCCGGCAUUCCCGGACCUCCCGGGACUCCAGGUCUGAACGGCUACUGUGAGUCAUCGCAGUGUGUCCUCAGAGAAGUACCAGUAUCUCUCAAAGAGUCCAGCAUGAAGGGACCAGAUGGACUUUAAAAUGUCUGCAGAAAUGAUGCUCAGAGACUAACAGGAAAGAAACCCUUCACCAAACGGAGUCUUUUAUUUUGAGGGGUGUCCAGUGUAGUACUAUUCCUGCAAGCACAGUGAGAUUGCCAUGUCCAUUUUCCUUAAAGAUUUUAAGCCUUGAGAUGUUUAAGAGACAGCUUUUUUGAAAAGGCUAUACGUAUUCCAGCAUGCGGAAAUGGACUUCCUGUAAAAGACAUGAAUUAAUUUUCUUUUUUAAAAUGGUCAGAAACAGAAAAACGUACCUAAUACAUCCAGGGCGGUUGUUUUCCCAACUGAAGUACACCAGUGCACUCUUUUAGUCUUUAAGGAUCAACCGAAUGAAUUGUGAAAAUGUACGAAACCUUUAUGUAUGGUCACAUUUAAAGAAGCAAAAUGUACAUUCAUACAUUAGUACAUAAUGUAAAUACAGCUUAUCAUUACCUCAAAUUGACUGUUCUUCAUAUUCUCCAUGGCAAUUUUUAAACCUUCCAGAAUUAAAGAAGUAUUUCUAAAUCAGUGUAUAAAUCAUUUGAAACAUUCAACGAGUUUGUUCAAUCCCAUGUAAUUAAGUGUUCAUCUUAUUACCCCCAUGGCAGUACAGUCUACUAGCUACAUUCAAUGUGUGAACUUUU